ACUCAAAUUUUUUUUCUACAAGAAAAUGAAGCUUGAUUAGCAAAAUUAAACUCACGCCAAAUAACUAAUUUAUGGUUACAAGUUUCAAUCCCAGUUCUUCUGCAUCGAUUGAUUCACCAGGAAUUCCGUUAACGGUUAAAUCUAAUGAUCACCACCAUUCCUAAUGACUACUCCAACAUUUCACCAUUACUAAAGCUGUGAAUCAAAUCAAUCACUCAAUUUUGAUAGCAAUGAAGGUUUGGAGACGGCCGGUUAAUCCCGCCCGGCGCCCCUCCGAAAGCGAGGCAGCUUCAUUUGCAUCGCACCUCCAUUCCAGAUCCCGCCCUCCUCCAUACUUAUCUAUUGCACUCUUAAUUCUGGGAGCAAUCCUUGUAAUUGGUUAUCUGCGUGUCGGUCAAGAUGCUUUGGGAAGUAAACUAGCUCUCAGCUGGGCUCAAGGUGAUGUUUCAUGUAGCGAAGAAGUUCAACGUGGAAUUCCUAUUCUGAAAGCAGCAUAUGGGGACAGCUUGCACAAGGUGCUGCAUGUCGGUCCAGAUGCUUGUUCCACUGUUUCCAGAUUGUUAAGAGAGGAGGAGACCGAUGCUUGGGGCGUUGAGCCAUAUGAUAUAGAGGAUGCUGAUCGGAAGUGCAAGAGAAUGGUGCAAAGCGGCCUCGUCCGAGUGGCUGAUAUAAAGUUUUUACUUCCCUACAGGGCAAAGUCAUUUUCUCUUGUGAUUGUGUCGGACGUACUGGAUUACUUGUCUCCAAAGUAUCUGAAUAGGACUAUUCCUGAACUUGCGAGGGUGUCAUCCAGCGGCCUUGUCAUUUUCACUGGAUACCCACGUAAUGUCAAAGCUAAAGCAAACAGACACGGAAAUUCGGUUAAGUUGAGGAGCGCGAACUGGUGGGGCGAAUAUUUUGAUCAUCUGAGCUUAGAGGAGAAUGAAGACAUGGCUAAGAAGUUCGAGAAAGCUGCAGAAAAAAUGUCGCACAUCCCACAUUGCCAAAUUUUCCAUCUCAAGCCAUACAACUGAUAUCGGAAUAGAAGCGCGUUUUUUGGAAUCUCUUUCCUUUAUUUAUAACGAAAAGCCGACUAACAUCCACUGUCCUAUCCCUUAGUAUCUUGAUAUCUCUUGUUUAAUUCUAUUGGGAAUCUGAGAAUCUGAGGUAAAUGGAACACAUAUAUAGUUAUUGUAAUUAGAUAUUAUAUGUUCAUUCAGCAAACUACAGUUUAUAUAAUGCCAUAAUGGUAUAUUAUUACAUU